AUGACAUGUAAAAAUAAAACAUGCCACGAAAUUGAGGUUUCCGUAAUCAUACCUGUUCAUAAUUCAGAGGAGUGGUUAGAUGAAUGUCUAAAAUCUGUACUUGAUCAAGACUUUAAUGGAAAAAUUCAGGUGAGUAUAUAUGAUGAUUGCAGCAUAGAUAAAAGUUGGUCUAAAUUGAAACUAUGGGAAAGAGAAUUUCUUCAUAAUGGAUUGGAUGUUGUGCUAGAGAAAUCCAUUUACAAUGCUGCUCUUGGUGUUGGGUAUGCAAGGAAUAGGGCAGUCAAAAAUAGCAGUGGCAGAUUUCUCUGCUUCCUAGAUUCUGAUGAUGUCAUGACUGCAGACAGAAUCAGGGUACAGCAUGGGAGGGCACUUCAAAACCUCGAUGCAAUCAUUGGGUCGAGAUUUGUUAGGUGGCCCAAAGACUCAACUCUGAGGUUUACUAAGUGGGCCAACAAUCUGGAAGAUUCCAACCAGCAGCUAUACACACAAGCAUUUACCUCACACGGUCCAACUCUUAUCAUGCCUACUUGGUUCAUAUCAAGAAAAACAUUUGAUAAAGUUGGAGGCUUUGAUGAAUCAGGGAAAGGAACACCAGAGGAUUUAAUAUUUUUCUACCAGCAUUUGAAGUUAGCUGGUAAGCUGUGUAGAUGUCCAGAAGUACUGCUAACAUAUCGAUAUCACAAAAAUUGUUCAACGUUUUCUGUAUCUGAAUCAGUUAUUUGGGAUUUAAGAGUUCAGUUUCUUCAAGAGCGAAUCAUCAGAAAUUGGUCAUCGUUUACAAUUUGGAAUGCCGGAAAACAAGGUAGAAAGCUGUACAGAAGUCUUUCCCCAUUAAACCAAAAAAAGGUGAUCGCAUUUUGUGAUGUGGAUGUUAAAAAAAUUAACCAGGGAUUCUAUAUUUACGAACAUUCAACUGAAAUUCCAAAGCCAAAAGUGCCAAUCAUUCAUUUCACUGAAGCUCAACCUCCAAUAAUUAUUUGCGUUAAAUUAGAUUUGACUGAUGGUGAAUUUGAAAAGAAUUUGGAGUUGCUCCAUUUGCAAGAGGGUGUUGAUUACAUUCAUUUUAAUUGA